AUGACGUUUAAUAAUCAACAAAAUGGCCUCCAAGCGGACAACCCUGUCCGGAUAGAAACGGGGCCAUACAUAAAUGGAGAGUUUGUGGAAUCCUCCGACAAAAAGACAUUUAAACUCUACUCUCCUGCAACGCAUGAGCUGCUUCCUGAAGUUUACGAAGCAAGUAUUGAGGACACCAACCAAGCGGUUGCCGCGGCCAAAAUUGCCCAGCCAGCAUGGCCAAAGCUGUCCCCAAUUCAGCGUGGGGAGCCUAUUAAGCUCUCUAUGGAUAUUCUGUCUGAUUUGUGCUUUGGGAAAUGUUUUGAUACCUUGAACAGUGAGAAUAAACGGGAUCUCAUUCUUGAGGCAUGGAGAAAUCUGCUCAGAUGGUUUUAA